GAACGCAAUUUGCCAUGGGCAACACGGAGUUCAUCGACACCACGAGCCAACAGGCUGUUCCCUCAUCUGCGCAGGACGCACGCAACCGCGUCCUCGAUGCACUUCAAGCCUGGGAUCAGCAGGAGCUGCUCACACUGCUGGCCGACAAGCCUGACAGUCCGCUGUAUCAACAACUGGCGCACUUCGACAACUGGUACAAGGGCGGCGUAGAUGGAUAUCUAUCCACCGCCACCAAACUCUACGCAGAGCUACGUGGCGAGACAACGGAAGACAACAAAUCCAGCGAUGUGUGGGCUGAUUGGCAUCCGUCAAACCCUUCGCCAUCGUCCGAAUUGGCGGAACUAGACACCCCGUUGUUCGCCGAAUUGGAGAGAAAGGGUCUCGACAACUUGGACAACUGCUGCUUCGUCAUCGUAGCCGGAGGGCUUGGCGAACGUCUCGGCUUUCAAGACAUCAAACUGCGUCUUCCAGUUGAGACCCUGACUCACACCAGUUACCUCGAGGCCUAUGUGCAACACUUGCUAGCCAUGCAAACGCUUGCCAAUACUCAAAGCAAGACGUCAGUUCAAAUUCCUUUGGCAAUUAUGACGUCCGACUCGACACACGAAGCCACACAAAUUUUUUUGAAAGAGCACAAGAACUUUGGCAUGUCUGAGAACCAACUUACCCUCAUGAAACAGGAAAAAGUGCCCUGUGUGGAUGUGAUCGAGGGCUCGGAGCCUAAACUCAAGCUCGCUGUCCACGACGAACUGCUCGUGAUGAAACCCCACGGACAUGGCGACGUGCAUACGCUCCUUCACACGUCUGGAUUGGCCGCCAAGUGGCAACAACAAGGCAAAAAAUACGUGCACUUUAUCCAGGACACCAACUAUCUCAUCUUAAAUGGUGUCCUACCCAUACUCGGAGCUUGUGUGAAGCACAACUGGGGCUUCGCAUUCACGACUGUACCUCGUAAGGCCAAAGACGCGUCAGGCGGGAUCGUACGCUUUACGUCGCCCUCAAAUAACCACUCGACGUUAUUUAACGUUGAAUACCACGAGCUGGACCAGUUCCUACGCACACGAGCCACGACGGAAUACCCUGAUGGCGAUAUCAACGACCCAAAGACUGGGUUCUCUCCGUUUCCAGGUAAUAUCAACGGUAUCGUCGCUGCUCUGGACUCGUACGUGUCUGUACUGGAGACGUCCGAGGGGUUUGUGCCCGAAGUAUUCAACCCAAAGUUCCGGUCCGGUACAAAGUGCGCCUUCAAGUCACCUGCUCGUCUCGAGUGCAUGAUGCAAGAUUAUCCCAAACUUCUGGUACAGUACCAGAUCGAACACAGUGACAGUGACCAAGGUGUUGGUCUGGUGCAAUUCCCUUCGUCUGUGGUGUAUUCUCCAUGCAAAAACGACGCUGCUAGUGCAAGUGAGAAGGUGAAAAACGACGUCCCCCCGCAAUGUGCCAGCUCUGCGGAGCACGAGAUAUUUGCCAUUAACCGCUUGAAACUCAAGACUUUGGGGGUGACGAUGCCGAAGGAAAUCAAGCUCAAGUCGUGGCUGGACAUUCCCGUAGACUGCUCCGGUCCGCAGAUCGUCUUUGGAUCGGGUUUCGCACUUAGUCAGACGACGUUGGCGAAGAAGUUUAUCAACCCGUCUGCUAUCAGCAUCACCGCUCGCUCUACACUGAUCGUAGAGGGUGUAGAAGUCACGUUUGAUGCUCUUGAUCUUGAUGGCGCGGUGCGUAUUGUGGCUUGUCCCGGAGCUAAAGUGAAGGUGAAAUCGCUCUCUGUAAAGAACGCUGGUGUUGAGUACGAGGCUGUGCUGGCUGAUGGCGAUCCGGUCGAUGCCAUGCGCGGCUACCGUCUUAAGCAGGAAGAGGUCAACGAAUUCCGCUUCGACACUCCUGGUAACUAUGUGAUUGACGAGAGUUCGUAA